UAAUGUAUUUUUUUCAUUACCAUCCCAGGAUUGAGCCUCCUGCUUCCAAGUGAUGACUCAGAUUCCCUUCAUGAAUCCUACGAAGGUUUCCAAGAUCCAUCACUUGAACCCUUUCCAGCUUCAACAGAAGAGAUGGCUAAUCCUGAUUCCACGGAACCUGUCGCAGUACCUGUUUCUCCACCAGCCUCGCCAGCUCUAUCUGGAUUGAGCCUCCUCUUUCCAAGUGAUGACUCAGAUUCCCUUGAUGAAUCCUUCGAAGGUUUCUAAGGGCCAUCACCUGCCCCUCUCCAGCUUCAACAGGAUAAAGUGGGUGGGGCUAUUAGGGAAGUCCCCUCACAAAAGGAGGAAAAUGGGAAAUAUCUGUAGAAAAAAGAAGCGACAAGUAAAUGAUAGUGCAGACAAUGCUGAGCCAACGGUUACCCCUCCUGGUUUUGGCUCACCAACUAAAUCACCAGUUGAGAAAUGGGAAGACAAACAGAAGGAGCAAAAUGCAAUAGUUAUGGAACAGAUGAGAAAAGACUUCCAUAACAGACCGGACAACUUCCUCCUUAACCUCUUGGUUUUGUCAAUCCAGUUCUACAGAAAUUACAGCAAAGAAAAAAUAGACAUCAGCCAUCACAUUAGAGAUCGGGAACAAGGACUUGGCAAGAAGCUAACACCUUCCAAGAGGAAAAUUGUCUACAUGGGUGGUUUUGAGGAGAUUUCUGGAACCCAUGUCCUGUACCAGUCCAAAACAGAGAAGUACAUGGAGCUACCAUCCCCCCUACAGGUAUACAUCAUACAAGAUAACCUAUAUGUUUACCCUGAUAAACAAAUAGAGGAACUGCAAAAGCGUAAUUAUACAGAUAUAGAUGGACCUUCAUAUCAUUUCUGCAUUGAGUACUCAUACAGGCAUAAAGGAUAUGUAAGGCUCAGGUGUGCUGACAUUAUCCCUGGAGUAUCUCGAAACAACACCUAUGAAGACAUAUAUGCUUUCAUGGCCCCUGUUGAUGACAGUCAACCAGAUCCUAUAGUUGACCUAAGGCCUCUGAGAAAGAACUCUCUCAUCAGCACUGUAGAAAGUGAAGAAACAAUACCUGACUCAGGAACAUAUCGACAGACUUUGCUAUCUCUCUCCUCAUUUGAGGAGGAAAGUGAAUCAUCUGAUGAUGAGAUGAUCCCACCACCUCCUGCAAUCAUGGGACGGCGGCCAAGUGGAGUAAUGCCACAUAAUUACCCUGGUAAUAAGCUGCAAGAGUCCCACAGCUCACGUAAAACUGGGAACAUUCAACAAAAUGGUUUUCCUGGGGCAAAGAUUAAAACCCAAGGACUCCCAAACAAUAUUCCAAACCUUAAUGAAAGAAGACCAAGUGGAAUUUUUCCAAAAAUGAGCCCAAACAUGGAUCAACUUAGUAUUUCAAAGAAAGACAGAAAAAAAAUUAAUACACAAGAUGAAUUUGCAAAUUUGAAGAAAGUUCUGGCAGGAAUUGAAGAAGAGAGUGAAGAGGAUGAUGGUGAAGAUGAAGUAGAUGGUGACAACAAUGCUGGCAACAAAACCUAUAAUUAUCUGAUGAAAGAUCUGACAAAAUCUCCACCAGAUGCUCCAAAAGAAGAAAGUGAGCAAGAUGAUUCUAAUAUGCCAAAAGAGCUACCCCAGCUAGAUGCAGACCUUAACAAAGGGUGCUUUGUGAAUCGUAAAAUAAAACUAAAGGAAGAAGGUGAUGCAUAUGGUGUUAAGACUCGUGUGGAAUUGAGAACAUAUUUUUCAUCAAUUCGCUACCUAGAAUGCUUUGAGGAUGAGUUUCAGGAGCUUCUGACUAUAUUAGGAAAGGAACACUUGAUGGAUGCAAGCAGUAUGCAAAUGCCAGCAAUCCUUGCAAGUCAGUUAAUGAUUGAAGGGAUCGGGCCAAAAUAUAAUACCGAAUUCAUACCAUCACUAAUUCUCAAAGAAUGGCCCCACUGUGCUUUCGAAUGGAAGCUGAGGGAACGAAAGCCAAGGAAUGAUCCAGAAACUAAAAUGGUCUAUAGAUGGCCAAAGCCUCAGUACAUUGAAGAAGUUACCAAGAUGGGCUGCAACCUUGUACCAAUUGGACACUAUAACCCAAGUCAGCCAAACACAGUUAUGAAGAUUGAAUGGCAGAUUCAGUUUGCAAGGGCUGAACAACUUCUCCUCAGGAGUUUGGGACACUCACAGAUACGACUUCUACUGCUAGUGGAAUUCCUGAUGAAAGAUCAUCUGAAUGAUGUGCCAGGACUCAAAACGCAACAUCUUCGAUACAUUCUUUUUUGGAUGUGCGAGCACAAUUUCCGUGACUGGCAGGAUGAGAGGCUAGGCACCAAACUGAAAGCCUACCUCAAAACUUUAUAUAACUGCCUGUCAACAGAAAAUCUCCCCCAUUAUUUCAUUGAUAAGUGUAACCUAAUGGAAACCAUACCUGAAAGAUACUUGAGAAAAAUACAGGCACUUGUACGCAAUAUGAAAGACAACCUCCCGAUGUACUUGAUGCAAACGAUGCGACGCAUGAGAACAGAGGACGACUUUUAUCCAAUGCUAGAUGUUAAGGCUAUCUAUAAACUUGUUACAGUUGAACAUUAUGACAUAGUGAAAAUAAAUCCUGCUCUCUCGAACUUGAUGGGAGGUGAUGAACAAGCACAGCAGAUAGAUGAUGGAGAAGAUGUUCUUUACAGUGAUUCUGAAGAAGAAAGGGAACACCAACUGCUGAAGGAAAUGCUUCACAAAAGGCGACGACAAAAGAAUAAAACGGAGGUAACAACAGGUGCAAAUGAAAAGCAGAAAAAAUCAACAAUAAAUCUGAAGAAAAAGGUACAGAGUGUAAAAGAUUUACGAUCAGGAAGGUUAUUGUCUACAUUUGCCAAGCACUUCAUUCAAAUGGCUCGAUGUUCAAACAAAUACCGUUCUUAUCCUCAAGCAUACAUGUAUUUACUUCUUGCUGGCAACAUGGCAACUCUCCUUGAAGAAACAGGAAAUGGUGAUGAUGCAAGUGAUUUUAGGAAAGAGAUCGAAGAGUUAAACUUUGCCUCUAGAGGUGGAGUUCAGGACAUGCUUGGGUCUUCUUGGGCCAUGACAGAUAACUUUGACAUAAUACCUGGACAUCAGUCAAUUUACAGUUCCAACUGGGAGUUGAGAAAAGAAAAUCAACCUCUUCCUCAACCACCACAAGACCCUUCCCCCCUUUCAGGAGUGAGGUUCUCUAGGAAUAAUUAUGCAGAAAGUAUGGGAGCCAAUUUAGACCAGCUAAAACACUCUUUGAAUAGUAAACCUUUUGUUAUUCAUACCCUUAGUGGGGAGAGUAUUUCAGACAAUAUAACAGAUCUACCAGAUUCUGUCAUUAAGGAUAGAGUAGACUCUCCUUCAAGUGAUAAAAUUAUCAUUGCUAGUGACGACGAUGAAUUUGGUUCUACAAAUUUGUAGCACGGGAAUGAUUGUGUAUAAGAUUAACAAUACAAAAAUAAAUUCUUGAAAAUCGACUCUACAUUUAAUAAUACAAACAAUACUGAUUUUGACCACUUGUUUAUGAAAAUGGGAAUACAUAUUCUUUUUCCCAUAAGGGUCUAAUCAGCUACUGUAUGCCUAAUGACAACUUUGCUAAAUUCUGGGAAACAUAUCAAACGUCUUCAUUAUUUGUUAUGCUAAUGAAUAUCAAUAGUUUUGUCAUCUGGGCAUUAAGUUCAAUAACUAUAUUCCAGGUCAUGUCAAGAAUGUAUUUUCCCAAUUAUGAAGUCGGAUGUACCUUUUCAUUGCUGUUUCAAAGGCAUGAUUAGAUAAAAUGCAACUUGAGUAAAUUUUUCUAUAAAAAAUGGGCACCUGUAAAGUCAAUAUUUUCAUACAUCAUUUCAUAUAUUAGUAUUGAACUUUGUGCAUAAGUAUUACUGUUUCAUGCAUAAUAAACAUCUUUAUUCCAUCCAUUUACUAAGACCACCAAAUGGAUGCUAGUUUACAGCCCUGGCUUGCUGGUUAAAACCUGUUGUGGUGCUUCAUAGUAAAUAUACUGUGCAUAAACAAUUUUAGGCACAAUCAAAUGUUGUUGAGAUAUUGCCUAUUCUUUUAAGAUAACUGAUUAGUUCAAAUAAAAAUAUUUGUGACCUUUCUUACUACAACUGUGAAUUAUGUUAGUGUGUUCGUGAGAUAUUUUGUAGAUAAUGUAAAUUAAUUUUUAAUAAAAAUUACUAUUCAAA